AUGCGCGAGCGUCGCACGCAAACCUUCGACGAUCCCGAGGACGGUGAUGACCGAGUAGAGGUCGAGCACGCCCCCGGAUCCACCGCCGCGCUCGUCGCGAGCGUGCUGGCGAGCGAAAAGGAAAAGGCGAAACACAAGGAGGGCGGCGACGCGCGCGCGACCGUGCUCCCGAGUGGUGCGGACUCGGACGACGAGAGAGCGGUGAAGCGAGGAGGGAAGCGCGUGUCGUUCGCCGAGGACGACGAGGACGAGGACGCGCUGGCGACGCGAGCGAAAGCGGCGAGCGAGACGCGAGCGCUGCUGAGAAGCGAGGCGGCGGCGGGCGUGCGGUCGACGGACGAUAGAGAGACGAGGGCGGGCGUCGAGGACGCUGAGGAGAAUAUGGAGAAGAAUGAUGAGGAAGAGGGGUUCACUAGCUUUAAUCUCGAUAAAGAGCGGCAGGAGGGAUACUUUGAUGACGAAGGUAACUAUGUGGAAUACGCCGAGGAAGAGGACGAGACGACGCUUUGGCUGGACAAAGACGCCAAGGUGGACGAGAGAUUGGAAAGUGGAAAGAUUCGACGAAGCACGGCGGCGUUGGAGGAGGAGGAAGGUGCGAGAGCGAUGAGCGAGAGCGACAUUGCGACGAUGCAACGGGAAAUCGCUAGCUAUUUGAACCCAGGCGAAACCGUGCUCGGGGCGCUGAAGCGCUUAGGAGGGAACACGAAGAAAGACGGCGGACGCGGCGGCGGUCGGGUAAAGCAAAAUAAGGUCAUGAGUGAUGAAGAGAAGAAGGUGUUUGACAAGCUGACCGAGUUAUCCAGCGCUUUGAUGGGGCAAGGAGAGUACGAGGUGUACACAUUCCAGAAGGAAGCGUUCGAGCGCGCUGCAAAACUGUAUGCCCCGACGACAGCCCCGACCGAAGACGCGGGCGCGAAAGAUAUGUUCGCUGAUAGUGAUGAGGAUGACGACGCGUUAGCUCCGGAACCGGCGCCUCCGGCGAAGAAAGCGAAGAUGCAUGAAGAAACGGCGACCCCUCAAACAUCGGAUGGCGACGUCGAUUUUGCAUCGUGGAGCGUUAAAAAUCUCAAGACAUACGUCGAAUCGCACGGCGGUAGUACAAACGGAAGCAUAACCGAGAAGAGUGAGCUCGUAGCUCGCGCAAAGGCAUGCCCGAAAGCCGUUGUUCCCGAGGGUUACUCGUGGAACAUGGAGCAAGGGUUGUACUAUUGCGAGGCGAGCGACUUGUUCUUCGAUCACUCGCGCAACCUGUUCACCGACCUGCAACGGAGCAAAUGGUGGAUAUACGAUCAGGCGAAAGGUUUUGUGGAAUGGAGUGCAUAG